AAGAAGAGUCUGGCCGUGUGGAAUCUGCCUUUAGAUCAGCACGAGAAUGGAUUGAUAAAGCUUUUCGGAAACCUGAGCAUCUGCUUUUCUCCUCCCAGCGGAUUUCGAGCUAGAGCAACACGUAAGCACUACACGCAGACUGACGCAUUACUGCUAGGGUGAACAUGGGGACAGAUUUAGCCUACAACUUUGUCUUCAAAGUUGUUUUAAUUGGGGAAUCGGGGGUUGGAAAGAGCAACCUGCUAUCCAGAUUCACCAAAAACGAAUUCAAUCAUGACAGCCGUACAACCAUUGGAGUGGAAUUCAGCACUCGCUCCAUUCAAGUGGAUAGUAUUACCAUCAAGGCCCAGAUCUGGGACACGGCCGGUCUCGAGCGCUACAGAGCGAUUACCUCGGCGUAUUACAGAGGAGCCGUGGGUGCGCUGCUGGUUUAUGACGUCACCAAGCACCUGACGUAUGAGAACGUGGAGCGAUGGCUGAAGGAGCUGUACGAUCACGCUGAUCCUCACAUAGUGGUCAUGCUUGUGGGAAAUAAAAGCGACCUGGGAAACGUACGCACUGUGCCAACAGAGGAGGCCAAGGACUACGCAGAGGCCAAAGGCUUACUUUUCAUGGAGACGUCUGCAUUAGAGUCAACUAAUGUCGAAUCUGCCUUCCUUGAAGUUUUAACAGCAAUACACAAGAAAGUUGCUAGUAAAGAGGUCACCAGAGGCUCGAUCAGCGCGGUGACUCUGGGCCCCUCCAGCGAGUUUAAUGAGGAGAGACGGUCCUGCUGUAAAAGCUCCUGAGCAGAUGAAUAAACAUCAAGAGCAAAACAAAGACUUUUCUGCACACUUGAACCUCAGUGGACGUCGUAUCAUUAAGCAAAAUGGGUUUUUUUGCAGCUUCUUUUUUUUUUUUUUUUACUUUUUAAAAUAUGUAAACCAGGGAUUCUCAAAUCUGGAGUUCAGCUCUUACUCUAAUCAAACACACCUGAACUCAGGAUUUGAGGAACCCUGAUGUAAACGGAUGGUACUGUUAAUGUAACAUAAGGCUUGUUUUUGGCAAUUAUGACUAGAAGUGAAUUCAAAUGACUUCGAAUGAAACUCAAACGGGUUGUGCUGUAUUAUAAAGUUAUUAUAAAAUAUUAUAAAGUUUUUUAUAUGGUGGGAAAUGAACAAAAUUGACAUUUCUGUGCAGACUUCGGGUAUAUAAAUUACAGAUAAAAAUAUAGGCCAUUCAAUUAUUGAACAAAGUAAAUAAUAUCUUGGGAUGAUCUACGAUACAUUUUUACACUUACACAUUUCAUAUAGAAAGAAUAUUAAGGAUUUUUAAGAAAUAUUAAUUUUUCAUUUAUUUUCCAAAACGGUGAGAUCUUUUCAUUACACCAACGGGAAGAAACUCUACAGUCUGCCAAAUUCGUCAUAUUAACUGAAACUAAGACCUUAUUCAGGCAUUAAAAAAAAAAGUGUUGUUUUAAAACUACAGCAACAUAUUUUAUUUAUUUUUGUAUUUUUAUGCCACGUGGUAUGUUUCAUGUUUCCGCAUGUAAUUAUGUAACGCUAUUAUAUUAAAACACGAAACAAUGA